AUGACAACAGAAGACAAGGCAAAGGUCCAAGAGCCUACGAUCGAUCACUCGAUCGGCGAGCUCGACGAUGCCGACAGAGCAUUGGCAGAGAUGGGAUACAAGCCCGUCUUUAGACGUGAAUUCUCCAUGUGGAGCUGCUUCAGUUUCGCUCUGAGUAUCUCGGGUCUGUUCGCAACCGUUGCCACGACCUUUAGCUACCCGCUUUACGCCGGCGGUGGCGCUGCCGCGAUUUGGUGUUGGCUGAUUGCCGGCGCCGGUGCUCUGUGCUUGGCCUUGUCCAUCUCCGAGAUCGUCUCGGCUUAUCCUACCUCGGGCGCAUUGUAUUUCACCAUUAAAUACCUAGCCCCCGAGAAACAUGUCGCAUGGAUUGCAUGGAUUGAUGGCUGGCUCAACCUCAUCGGCCAAAUUGCCGGCAGUGCUUCGUCCGAAUAUGGUGCAGCUCAAAUGUUGCUCGCAGCUGUUUCGCUUGGAUCCUACGACGGAGAGACAUAUCAUUAUACCGUGGAACCUGCGCACAUUAUCGGAACAAUGGUUGCGCUCGUCAUCUUCCAUGCCUGCAUCAAUACCUUGUCCACUGCAUGGCUGAACAACCUUGCCAAGACCUAUGCCGUCUUCCACAUUGCUGUCUUGUUCAGCGCCUGUGUGGCUCUGCUCGUCAUGCAAAAGGAUAAGCACGAUGCAAAGUACGCCUUCACUUAUAUUGAUCCCGAGCCGCUUUCUGGUUGGACACCGCCUGGGUUCUCUUUCCUCUUUGGAUUCUUGUCUGUCGCAUGGACCAUGACAGACUACGAUGCUACUGCACACAUUGCCGAGGAGGCAAAGAACCCCGCCAUGGUUGUUCCCAAGGCCAUCUCAACCGCUCUGACGUUUACCUACGUCGUUGGAUGGCUCUUCAACAUUGUACUUGUCUUUUGCAUGGGUGAUCCAGCCACUAUUCUUAGCAGCCCCAUCGCCCAACCGGUUGUCGAAAUUUUCCACCAGGUCAUGGGCAAGGGAGCUGCCAUCUUCUUUGCCGUGUCUGCCUUCAUGAUCAUGAACUUUGUCUGCAUCACGGCACUUCAAGCCGGCUCUCGUACGAUCUGGGCAUUUUCCAGAGAUCAGAUGUUGCCAGGUUCCAGGAUCUGGUACAAGAUCUGGAAGAAGACUGACACCCCCGUUUUGGCUGUCUGGUUCUAUUCGCUUCUUUGCAUCUUGAUCAACCUCAUCGGACUGGGCAGCUACACGGCUAUUUCUGCCGUUUUCAACAUCUGCGCCAUCUGUCUUGACUGGUCAUACUGCAUUCCAAUCAUCUGCAAGCUCUUCUUCCACAAAUUCGAGCGCGGCCCGUGGCAUCUGGGCAAGGCUAGCCCUUUUGUGAAUGCCUGGGCUUGCAUAUGGACGGCUUUCGUCUCGGUCAUUUUCCUAUUCCCUACAGCAAUGCCAGUCACCCCAGACAAUAUGAACUAUGCUGUCGUGAUUCUGGCUUUUGUAUUCCUGCUUGCAUUCAGCUACUGGUUCAUCAGCGGCCGCCACUACUACAUUGGGCCGCGCAGCGAGGCCCAUGUUGUCAAUGGUGGCGUGGUCCCUAAUAAGGAUGUAUCGCCUGAUCAAGAAAAGGCUGUAAAUGCCAGCGGGCGGGAGAUUUAG